GAUCAGAGCCAAGGUAUCACUUCUUAUCCUGGGUCAUGUUCUUUUCAGUUGCUGUCAUGCCUACUCUCCUCCCUGCAUUCUUGGGCCUUUGCUUCUGCCAGCUGAUUUCCAGUGCCCCCUCUGAAAGUGACACUGUGGUGGUCACCAGCAGUGGAUCCAUUAAAGGCAUGCGAGUCCUAACUAGAUCUGGUGCUGUAACUGCCUAUCUAGGGAUCCCAUAUGCUGAGCCUCCAGUAGGGAAACUGCGUUUCCAGAAACCUGUCCCACAUCAACCAUGGAGUCGUGUCUUGGAGGCGACCCACUUUGGUAAACCUUGUCACCAAAGGACCUCUUUUGGCUUUCCUUUUUCAAAUAUGUGGGUUGCCAGUACGCCACAUUCUGAAGACUGUCUUUUCCUCAAUAUUUGGGUGCCUCAUCCCCAGCCCUCCAUGCCAGUUCCUAUCCUUGUUUGGAUCCAUGGUGGAGGAUUUAUUGUUGGUGCAGCGUCUUUGGACUUAUACAAUGGGGCAUCAUUAGCUGCUACCGAGAAUGUCAUUGUGGCAUCAAUGAACUAUCGGCUGGGGGUCUGGGGCUUUCUCUACUUCCCACCAGAAAUCCCAGGGAAUAUGGGUUUAUGGGACCAAUAUCAGGCUCUGAAGUGGUUGAAGGAGAAUGCAGCUGUCUUUGGGGGUGAUGCAGAUAAGUUGACUCUCAUUGGUCACAGUGCUGGAGCAGCCUCUGUGGGUUUCCACCUCCUGUCCCCUGUAAGCCAACCCCUUUUUGCCCGAGCUGUGCUACAGAGUGGAGCUCCCACUGCACCCUGGGCUUCGAUUCAGCCUGAGAACAUCAAGCAACGUGCCCUUUAUUUAGCUAGAAUGCUGAACUGCACUAAAGGGAAUCACAGUGCCACAGUGAGCUGUCUCCAAAAUAAGGAAGUUGGUAUGUUUAAGAAUUUCAGUUUCUUCUUACCCAUCUCCGAUGGGGAUUUCCUUCCUGAAGAUCCAAAGAGACUUCUACAGACUGGAAAAACUCCAGCAAAACCACUACUUAUAGGUGUUACAGGUGACGAUGGCUCAGUCUUUAUACCUCAAAUUCUGAAUAUUAUAGAAGAGGACAAAAUUGUGACCUGGGAGCAGAUCACACCAGGUAUAAGCAUCAUAUUAAAAAGACAUCUUGAAGAAGAUAUUCUCAGGGCUGUAGCACUUAAGUACAAUGAAGAGAACCACAGGCCAGAUCUGUACCAUCAGAUCUUGGCCCAUUUAAGCAGAGAUCACUAUUUUGUGUGCCCGCUAACUGAAAUUGCUGCAAGGAUGGUAGGAACUGGGAGCUCUGUGUAUGCUUACUCCUUCAACCACCACAUUCCUACCUCCAUUUGGCAAGCGUGGAUGGGUGCAGCUCAUGGAAUUGAGGUCCCUUAUCUCUUUGGAACGCUCUCAUCACUUCCAGGAUUCAAUCAAUCAAAUGCAGAAGUUGACAUGGUGCUAAGCCAACGUGUGAUGCACUACUGGGCCCAGUUUGCCAGGAGUGGGAAUCCCACCAAAUCCACACCUGGGGAAGCUCAAUGGCCACAUUACAAUGCCACUGAGCAGAACGUCUUCCAUAUCACCACUGAGGCACCUCGAAUCAUGCAGUUUUUGCCUCCUGAGCAUUGCAGUUUUUUGGCAACCCAUGUUUAUAACACAACAGGUAUUGAUGUAGCCCAAGAAGAGGCCGCGUCAUCGGGCCAAACAAAAGACAAGAACUGACCAGAACAUAAUGAAAGGAAUUCUCGGCCUACGGUCCUGGGAUUCUCUGGUGAUCUUCGAUCCAACUUCUAACGAGGUUCAAUCUUGAUUAGUUUUUUUUUUUGAGAACAGCAUUCUUCAAGAUGUUUUGAACAUGGAUUUCAAAGUUUUCUGAAGAAGAGCCUCUAUCUCCUUUCUUCUGGGUUUGCAUAAAUGCUUAAUUAGAACACCGAUUUAACCAGGUUUCUAGGUUUGCGUAACUCAUUGAACCAUACUAGAGAGUGUUACAUGAAGCUUCCAUUUUGACUGAAAAAGCUAUUUUUGAGUUUUCUGGGGUAUUAGUUGUUCUGUACAAAAUAACUUCUUUUUGACAGGCAGCAAUAUUUAACAAACCUUUUGGGAAGAUUUCUUAUGUUAUUGUGUUAUGUAACUGUGAUUGCUCUUGUGCUAAACAAGUUAGAAAUCCUACCAGAUUUCUAGCUCUCUCUGCUUUCAGCUGCACUUAGAAAACAUGGGCUGUCUGGGAAAUGUUUGUUAGAGUUUGGGGAGCAGAUAGGAAGUUGGGUUUUAUGCCUGUGGGAAGAAAGAAAACUUGAGUGAUAGUGAGAAAAAGAUACCCAGGUCCUCUUAUGUGGACUGCUUGUAAACACAUAAGUUUACAUAGUGAUGACAAACACUAGUGAGCAGAGAAGUGAGAAAAAAAGAACAGCAUCAAAGCAGAAGUGUAUGGCUGAGUGUGCCUCUGAGACUAGUGCAUUCAAAUGUUGUCUUUUUCCUUUAGUCCCUUGCAGAACCUAUUCAAGCAUCCUAGUUUGAAAAAAAAAAUGUUUUAUAUCCUGCUGUAUUCUAAUAGAUUCUGUACCACUCUUUACCACCAUUGCUGAAAUAGCUCAGUAACAUUAUUUUCUUGGGAUAGACAAGGCUGCUGGUUUACUGUUUUGUUCUUGUUUUUAAAUAAGUCCAGGGAUCUACCAUUUCAUCAGUUACCUGAGGUAGAAGAGUUUCACCAGGCUAAGCAAAGAUCUUGACCACUAUGCUAUUUCAGGUUCUAUGCCUAAAGUGAAUUAUGGAACCUUUUUAUCUUGUUAUUUAUUUAAUUGUUGUAUGCUGCCCAGAGUUGCUUUGUGUGAGAUGGGCAGCUAUAUAACUGUGAUAAAUAAAUAAAUAAAUAAGUACAUGAUAAAUAUUGGCUCAGAUAUAAGGGUGGUUUUUCCUCUGUGAAGUAGAUAAUGAAUGGUUGAGGUUAGCCUGCAACAAACUGAAACAUCCGUUUGGGACUUUAUCUCAAACAGAGAGGAACAUCCGAGUAACAUAACAGGGAAAGGUAUAUCUCAGAAGUGGAACAGAGAAAUAUGGCUUGAGGUUGCUUUGAAGCUGAGUGUGAAAGUAAUAGAAGAAAGUACUAGAAGACAAUGUCCAUUUAUGACCUCCAGAAAGAGUUGUCUGCUCAUUCUGGUGACAGAACAGUUGCAUCCUGUGAAUAAUCCCUAUUCCUGAUAGAAUAAAGUGUCUCUCCUAAGAUCACUGAAAGAUAGAAAUUGAUACAAACAAAAACAGCACAAUUGUCUUAAUAUUAUAUAUUGCCCUCAUCAGCCCUAGUAAAUGGCUCCUCAAAGGCUCCUGUGUAAAUUAUUAACCUUAAUUAUAAGCCUGUGUGUCUAUCCAAAGAGCUCCAAUGUAUUUAAUGAAUAAAAUACAAGCAGAAUGAUACCAGAUAGUUUUUAUGCAAAGCUCAGAGGGCACAGAAUAAUAGAGUUGGAAGGGACCUCAGAGGAAGCUAUCUAUUCCAUUGCUUUAUACUUCUUGCCAUCAGGAAAUUCCUUCCAAUAUCUAACUUGAAUCUCCUUCUCUAUAGUUUCAACCUAUUGGCUCGGGACCUGUCCUCCUGAGCAUCAGAGAGCAGGUCUACUAACAACCAUUUAGAUAUU